UCUCCGUCGUACGCACAUGUGAACACUUUUGAUUGUCGCUGGAUAAUGUCCAACAUAUUUGAUGAAUGGAGGAAUGAUAAAAUCAACUGAUGAGGCAUGAAAGACGUGGUUCGCUUUCGCUUGUUUGAAGAUUCAAUGAUGAAACAAAGUAAGCUGGGUUAUAAACGCGGUCAUUUUUUGACAUUUCUCAACGCGCCUCGGAAUCACUCUUGCGAGCCAUCGGUAUUAAGCUCUGGAAUAAAACUUCCCUCUACGGCCAACCUCAAACGUGUGACAUGUCUUUCUGAAAGCGAUAUGAGCUCUUCAAAAUUGCCUUUGAGCUUUCCACGGUGUUUACGGCACCAGGCAAAGUCCGCUUCGGUCGUACCAUUUGUACGCCAGGCACUGCACGGCUAUUCGUAGUGUUCCUGAAGCCAUUCAUCUACCGUUGCGUUGCGUGUCAAUGGAUCGUAUAAAAUGAUGCCUGUCUUCCUCGACUUGGUCCAAACUGACCAAGAAUCCUCCCAAAGCAAAUAAAAGAACCAUUCCAUG